AUGUCUGACUAUGAUGAAAAUGAAGCAGAAAAGAUGAGCCAUGAGCUGGUACAUGAGAUUUUAGUCGCAUUUGUUCGCUCGUUGAAAUACAUAUUUUUGCCACUUCCAAAAGAAAAUUAUUUCGAAAAAUGGUCUAAAGAAGGUUUUCCGUUUGGAGAAAAACUAUUAGGCAGCAGUAUGGCUGCAUUAAUUGGAAUGAGUGGUACUGUCCCUAUGGAUUUAAUAAGACAUUUAUUUAUUAUAUACAAAACAUGGCCGGAGUCUGUUCGCAAAUAUACAUACACAUCGGGGUUCAAUUGCCUUUAUCAUACUGCAGAAUCCAAAAAUUUCCUGGGAAUGUAUAAACCAGCUGUAAUCGAUAUAACUCUGAGAUCGCCUAAACUAGCCUUCAAAAUGGUUUUGAAUGAAUACUAUGGAUUUGCACUAACUUCGCCAAGGGGAGAAUUUCCUCCUUUUAAUCGUUUUAUGGCUGCUGUCUUCACUGGCUUGACAACUGGAUUUUUAUCGUCUCCUUUUGAAGUAUUUCGAUACAGAUACUGGCAAACUAGAUACUUCAGAUCAUGGUAUUUACCCCCGAUGACAAAUCUAGAGAUUUGGGAGCAACUAUUUUCACCGAUGGGUAGAAAUCGAUACGCAAUGAUUUUACGGGCAGUGGCGAUGGAAAAUCUAGUAAACGCUUUCAUUUAUUUUCCACUGCAACAUUACCUUAGGAAGUAUCUGACAAGUAAUCACAUCGAGGGACCUUGGACCAGUUUUGUGACCGGCUGGAUGGCUGCGACAGUCGCAUUGGUCACGGUGACGCCUAUUGACAACAUCAAGAAACAAAUCGUUCGGAUUCCGGAUUACACGGAUUUAUAUACCUGCCCAAACGAUAAACCAGACUAUGACAGUCUUCGCGAUUGUCUGAGGCGUUAUAUAAGAUAUCGAGGCUUUCCAGCCUUAUUCGAAGGCGUAUGGUGCCGCGUGGGUGUCAAGUCUCGAGUGUACGGCGUAGUACAAUUAUUCUAUGAUCUUCGAUUGACGGAGGGAAUGUUUUCAAAAGAACCAGUCCUGAAAACCUUGGAAGACUUCGAACAACAGCUAUUUGAAAUGCAAUUGUAA